UUUUGAAGCCUGGUAACACUGCCUGGUAGUAAUGAAAAAAAAAACAAACGCAUCGAAAAGAAAUAUGUAUAUUUAUAACUAUAUGUAAAAGGGCAACAGUCGCACAUAGAUCGCUUCUUUGUCUCAAGUUCGAGAAUUACAUACAUGUAUGUAAAGCGGCUUAGAAAAACGCCACAACCAUGUCCACCACUCCCAGCAGCAACAGCAACAACAAGCAGCCCCAAAAGCAGGAUACGUACAGCAGCGACAGCAGUGAGGAGAAUCUCGAGGCGGCUGAGGAGCGACGAAGGCGAAUCUUAAAAAAUCGCAGCCGUUUGAACCGUCCGCAGCACAACAUGUCUGGUGGCGGAGGCGCUGCCAAGCAUGACGGCAAAUCGCCCGUAGGAGCAUCGACGAGUGGCCAGGCGACAACCUCGACCGGUGUCGGUGGACGUCUUCAAGCACCUCCCGAAAGGAUAUCCAUGCUGGUCGAUGGAGUUAGAUUCACGGUCGAGCAGUCUCUUCUUACGGCCCACCCAACCACAAUGCUGGGCACCAUGUUCGGCUCCGGCUUUCAGUUCGCACACGCCAACGAGCGCGGAGAGUACGACGUGGCUGAUGGCAUUUCUCACUUGGUCUUUAGGGCCAUCCUGGAGUACUACAAGAGCGGUGUAAUCCGAUGCCCACCAACUGUUUCGGUCCCGGAACUGAAGGAAGCUUGUGACUACCUUCUCAUUCCCUUCGACGCCACAACUGUCCGAUGCCAAAACCUAAGAGGCCUUCUCCAUGAGCUCAGCAACGAAGGAGCGCGCCAACAGUUUGAGCUCUUUUUGGAAGAUUUAAUUCUGCCUCUGAUGGUAGCGUCUGCGCAACGUGGGGAUCGGGAGUGCCACGUGGUUGUGCUUCUUGAAGACGAUAUGGUCGACUGGGACGAAGAGUUUCCACCCCAAAUGGGCGAGGAGUACUGUCAAACCGUUCAUAGCACUGCCAUGCAUCGUUUUUUUAAGUACAUCGAGAAUCGAGAUGUCGCAAAACAGGUGAUGAAAGACCGUGGGCUUAAGAAGAUCCGUUGCGGUAUUGAGGGAUACCCCACCCACAAGGAAAAGAUUCGAAGACGCCCCGGUGGACGGGCAGAAGUGAUCUAUAGCUAUGUGCAGCGUCCAUUCAUCCACAUGUCCUGGGAAAAGGAAGAAGCUAAAAGUCGCCAUGUGGACUUUCAAUGCGUCAAAUCGAAAUCUGUAACGAAUCUCGCCGAAGCAAAUGCCGAUCCGCCCUUGGAAUUGGAUGCAAGUGGAAACCCAAUUCCACCAAUUGCUGUGGUUAAUCCACAUCCAAACAACGCUGAAUUUGCCGUUGGUGUAGCCGCUGCUCCCGCAGCUAUGGGCGUGGCUGGUCCAGCCGCAGUGGUUGCCGUAGAUGAGGCGGCAGGAGGUGUUGUAAUGCUCAAUGAACUGGAACAAGCAGCUGGUGGAGCGGGCGGAGUCGUGGACGAGAACGUAUGAUCCAACAGGCCACACGCAACGGGCGGUGGAUGAGCGGAACACACUGCCAGCAAAGCCGAAGAGCGCACAGAAAACGCUUUCUACGUUUGUCAUCAACAUCUUUUUUAUAUAUACAAUAAAAUCCAAUUGUGAAAACAAAUAAUUUUUCGGCCCGAAGCACCAUUACGAAAUAAACGAAACGACAAACAAA